CAGCUACCCCAGGGAUGACCAUAUGGUGAUAACAGAAGCUCAGGAGGGCAAAUCAGUCAUGCUGGCACAUUUCAAGCUUCAGCUCACAUCACUUCCCAUUGGCCAAAGCAAGUCACGUAGACAAGCCCAAAGCUAAGGGGUGGGAAGGACACUGUAUUUACUAUGAGGCCACAGCAAGAGUGGUCAUAUAAUAUACUAUUGAUGUUGAAGAAUUGGAACCAAUUAUUCAAUUACUCAAUCUCCCACAGCCUCCUGAAGAAUUGUACCUCUCUCCAAACCCACUAUUAGCCAUCAUCUCUUGCUCCUAGACAAUUACCUGUUUUCACCACACCUAGAACAAUGCCUUGCAUGUAGUAUAUGCCCAGUAAAAAAUGUAUUGAACAAACAACUCCCAACUGAUCUUCCUUGUUACACUUAUCUGUCUCUAGUCUUUUUCCACAUAGCAGCCAAGGUGAGUGUUUAAAAACAAGUUCUGUGAUACAGAAAGGAAUGUGUUUGGCCUUUGUCCCGAGUUUAGGUACACAGCUACUAAAUUUCUUGGAAUUUCCUGAGUAAUAAGAGCAAUAGAAGAAUCUUUCAUUCUAAUAACACGGUUCUUGGUGGGCUUCUAGAUAGCUUUAAAAUGGGGCUGGUCGCCAGAAAGAGCAAACUUAGAUUAGAGGCUUAUAACUUUCAGCCCCACCUCCCAACCUCAGGGGAGUGGGGAGGAGCUGGAGAUUUAGGACAAUCACUGAUAGCCAGUGAUUUAAUCAAUCAUGCCUACGUAAUGAGACCUCCAAUAAACCCCCUAAGGGACAGGUUUCGGAGAGCUUCCAGGUUGGCAAACACAUUGAAGUGCGGGAAGGGUGGUGUGCCCAGAGAGGUUAUGGAACCUCUGUGUGCCUUCCCCCAUACCUUGCCCUCUGCCUCUCUCCCAUUUGACUGUUCUGAGUUGUAUCCUUUGUAAUAAACCAGCUAAUGUAAGUAAUGUGCCUUCCUGAGUUCUGUGAGCCAUUCUAGCAAAUAAUUGAACCUGAGAAGGGGGUCGUGGGAACCCUGGGUUUACAGCUGGUUGAUCAGAAGUACAAGUGGCAACCUGGGACAUGCAGCUAGUAUCUAAAGUGGGAGCAGCCUUACGGGACUGAGCUCUUGACCUUUGGAGUCUGUACUAACUCCAGGUAGUUAGUGUCAGAACUGAAUUGUAGGACGCCCUGUUGGUGUCUGUAGAAAAUUGGAGAAUUGCUUGGUAUGGAAAACCCAUAACACAUUUGGUGUCAGAAGUACUGUGAAUAAAAACAGCUCAGACUGUCAUAUGAGUCUCAGCUUAAAACCCUGCCCUAGCUCCCCUUUGCACUUGAACUCCUCACUAUGGUCUCUAUAAAGGCAUACGUUAUCCAGCCAAGUCUGGCUCUCCAAACAAUAGCGUCUGGUACUGCUCACUUCCCUCUGGCUAACUGCCUUUUUCUUCCUCAAAUAUUCCAAUGCUUUUCAGCUGCAGCAGCUGUACUUCCUGUUCCCUGUGACUGCAAUGCUUUUUCUCAAGAUCUUGGCAUGCUGGUUGUCUCCUGUCCUCAACUUCAGCUAAAGUAUCACCUCCUUUGAGAGGCCUCCCUGACCAUCGAUACUUACAGACCCUCUCCCCACUCUACCCCCACCCUCCUUAUGUUUCCUCACCGUCACCUAGUUUAUGCCUUUCCAUGAGUUUAUCACUCUCUAAAAUUACCUUGCUUUGUUCAUCAUUGAUCUCUAGUGCCUAGAAUGGUGUCUGGCACAUGCUAAGUUCUCUAUAAAAAUUUGUUGAAUGAAUAUCUGUGAAAAAUUUCCUCUACAUUUUCAAAGUAUCUUUUUUAUCUUUUAUUUUCAUCUACUCAUCCAUGUAUAAAAUGGUAUUUUGCAAGUCCAGAUCGAACUAACUCAGGAGAAAUAAAAAUAUUAUAAAGUCCUUGUUGAUAAAGAAGAAAUUGGGGACUGGCAUUGCUUCAGCACAUGUUGUAGCAUCCUUGUAACUUGUGCCGCUAGGGCAUUAACCUGUGGGGUCAAAGGUCUAAGUGAGGCCUCCUCCUGCCUCCCAUACUGAUGAACCAGCUUUCCUGGCUUCCCUUUUUCCUUUUCCAUUCUUACCAUUGUUUUCUGAUUAAUGUACAAGAUAAUUUACUUAUAAGUAUUGUUUAUUGCCUGUCUCCUCACCCUCCCAUCCAUGACACCACUGUGACCUUCAUGGGCACAUGAAGGCAAGUAUCUUACUCUGUUUUUUCUGAUACUGAGUAGAUGUUCAACCAAUUGUGGAAUGGAUGGAUGGAUGGAUGAAUGUUUCAAAGGAAAGAAAGAAAUUUGCAAGGUUCUGAAUCUCUUUCUCUUCUUCAAGUGUCCCCAGAGUAAGGUCACCCCCACCGUUGCACAGUCUACCUCCCAAGAUGCUCUAGGCGAAACCUCUUUGAGGUGUAAACGUUUACAAGUUCUUUCAUUCUCCGGUUGGCUUUACUUGUAUAUUUAUAAAUCCAUCUUGUGUGCCUAUUGAUAUUUUGUGUGUGACUCCUUUCUCCACUCUAGAGCUUGAAUAAGGAGGAAUUUAGCUCAGUAUUUAUGACAUCAUGACAGGAAGUGACAUCAUGAUAGGGAAAAAUCUGAUGAAGCUGAGCUCCAUCUUGUAGAGGUUAUUACCUCUGUGAGCACAGACCACUUUUCCUCUUCCCUCAAGAAAAGCCCAGGAGUUGUCUAAAUGCUGGACAAAGCUGAGCACUUAAAUUUAUUAUCAAGAAGGUCCUGGAGGAAGAGGAGCAGGGGAGUACAAAAACUAAAAAAGUAUCCCAACUAUGGUGAGGAGUGGCCGCUUCAGAAUCUUCCCAAUUAACAGCUGUGUUUCUCUUUUAAUUUCACAUUUUCCUAGGAUGAUGAAAUUAAAAUACUCUAUUCUUGCUUAUUUUUUCACAAACCUUAUUGUCCUCAUGAAAUGUCCACAUGUCCACAGUCCCUCAAAAGAUCAGCAGAGGGAAAUUUUUCUUUAAAAGAUGCAAUAGACAAUGCUUUUUCCUUUGAAACAACUGUGAUGGAAAGAGAAAUUCUUCCUUUCACUUGAAUAGUCAUGCUUUCAAGUUGCUUGGAGGUGGUUAUGUAUGAAUCUUCAUAUAAACUUGUACCUCUCUCAUUUAAAAGAAAAGAUGAAAAAAAGGGAAUUAGCUCAUUAAUUAUUUAAAAUACUUGGUGCAACUCUUCCUUAUGAAUUAAUCCAGGCACUUGGAAGACAAUUACACUCAGUGUUAAUAACAUUGCCAACCUUUUCCAGUAUGCUGCACUCCAAAUUCUAUUGUGUUUUCAUUGACAACAUUCACUAUUACAUAUGCAUAUGAAAAACAGGCAUUUUCAUCAGAAUUACCGUAAUAGCAUUAAGAGAUUAUUAUUUUUUUCCAAUUUCUUUGGAAGAAAAGUCACUCAAAUAAAAUUAUUUAUUACUUGACUGCUCUCCUAUCUGGCCUGUAUGUUUAGGUAACUAGAGUCCAUGAAAGUGUAAACUUCAGAACAAAAAGCAUGAUUUUAUACAUUAAUGAUUUCAAAUAAAAGAGAAGUGGUAGUUUGUGCAUCACUUCUUUCGAGAAAGUUAAGUCUGUGCUCUGCUUAGGAGAGAUAACACUUUUUGUCCCUGUAGGUGGCCCCCCUGGUGUAGCCAUUAGUUGCUAAUUACUUGCAAACAAAUAAACAAUUAACUCCUGAAGCUGCUGGCUGGGCCAGUGUUCAUUGACAUGCUAAAACUUUCUAAGACGGGAUUUUAAUUAGUGACGUUCUAAAUCCAGCCCCCUUGUACAGGUCCCAGCCCUGUACACGUAGGGCACAGCCAGCCUGGGAGGCUCCGAGAGGCUAGAGCCCAGACCCGUAGCUCUGUGCAACCCACACGAGGAUGUCUCCCAACCUUCAGGAAGGUGGUCGGCUUGGGGAAAGCAAGCCCUCGCCCUGCUCCUUUUCAAUUGAGAGCAUUUUAGGACUGGACCAGAAGAAAGACUGUGUUCCAUCAAUGAAGCCGCACAGGCCAUGGGCAGACACCUGCGACUCCUCAGGGAAAGAUGUUAACCUACGUCUACAUAUCCCAAGUCUUCCUAAUGGGACCUCGUUACCUUGUGCUUUGGAUCACCCAGUGCAAGAAGAAAGAGUUUCGAAAUAUGAAAAUUACCUUUCAGCCUCAGAAAGACUUUCUUUGAAAAGAGAGUUGAGUUGGUAUAGAGGCCGAAGACCAAGAACUGCUUUUACUCAAAACCAGGUUGAAGUGUUGGAAAAUGUCUUUAGAGUAAACUGCUAUCCUGGUAUUGAUAUCAGAGAAGACUUAGCUCAAAAACUGAACCUAGAGGAAGACAGAAUCCAGAUAUGGUUCCAAAAUCGGCGUGCAAAGCUGAAAAGAUCCCAUAGAGAAUCACAGUUUCUCAUGGCAAAAAAAAAUUUCAACACAGAUCUCCUGGAAUAAAUAGAAAACUAAACAUGUGAGAUUACCUUCCAGUUUCAGAACAUGAAGAAUCAAUGGAAAUAUCAAGUGUUAAAAA